UAACCUGACUCGGGUUUUUUUUCCUUUCGACACACGGUACCCUGUGUCUGUGAAUACAAUUACUUUUUUUUAGUCGUCUUGUGUGUUUGCUUGUUGAUUGGAUACGUUUACAGUUUUUAUACCCACUGCACUUACUUUAAAGAAAUUAUAUUUAUCUGACGUCGACUUUUGUUUUUUACUUGUUUUGUGGUUGCACCUGCCGUGGACAACAAACACCAAAGCUGCUUGGCAGACUGGUUUUACUCGAUGUGGAAUUUGCCAAGAGCACUGAAACCUAAGGCGUAAAACGCAGCAAGAAACACAAAGUCCAAGUCACCAAUUUAUUUUUUACGGUGUCUUAAAGUUAUGGACCCGAUGGAUUCAGGAAUGCGGUACAACCCCAGUUCUUCGGACAAGGACUGGGAGAAGGAAGUCAUGUUCCUGCCAGCAUCAGACUCCAAGAAGCUAGAGAAGAAGCGUCGCCCAGGGAAGGUGGGCAGCAUCAUUGGCCUGGUGGUCUUCACGGCCGUCCUGGCUUUGAUGAUCGGCCUGAUGGUGUGGCAUUUCCACUACCGUAGGGAUUCGAAGAUGAAGAUGAAGAUGUACAGUGGCGCUAUGCACAUCACAAAUCAGGUGUUUGACAAUGCUUAUGACAACCCCAACAGCACGCAGUUUAAGGCCCUGGCAAAACAGGUAGCAACUCAGUUGAGAAACAUCUACUCCAAGACUCCACCAUUGCAUAAGUUUUAUGUUGACUCUACCGUACAAGCCUUCAGUGAGGGCAGCGUAAUGGCAUAUUAUCUGUCCGAGUUCCAUGUCCCAGCUUCCCAGGAGGCUACUGUGGAUUCUACCAUGAGCACCAUAAACGACAUUAUAAGCAAACAGCAGCGCUCCUCAAAUCUGCAAGGAAGCCUGGUCUUUGACAGCAUAGUGACUUCAGCUGUGGAUUCACGCAUGUUCUCAAAGGCUUCGUUUCAGAGGUACAGCACCCGCCUCGUGUCAGACCAGUCACAGGUGAUCGAUUCGCCAGGGUUUCCCAACUACCCGUACCCAUCAAACACAGCAGUGCAGUGGCAGCUACGAGCUGACCCAGGCAGCGUCAUCAUUCUGAACUUCAGCACCUUCCGCCUGGAGGCAAACUGCCAGAACGACUCUGUGAAGGUGUAUGACUCGCUGGCCCCCAUCGAGAGUCGCCUCAUGGCUGAGCAAUGUGGAAUAUACAACCAGAAUAGUUUUCUCAGCUUCCUCUCUUCGGGAAAUGUGAUGCUGAUCACCCUGGUUACCAACGAGGAGGGCAAUUAUCCUGGCUUCAGAGCAUUUGCAUCUCAGGUGGCAAAGGCCAACUCUAAAGCGACAACUUGUGGUGGAGCUUUGAGUGGAAUGUCUGGAACCUUAAAAUCUCCCAACUACCCCAACUAUUACCCUCCCCUGAUCAAGUGUGAGUGGACCAUCCAGGUUCCAGCUAAUAUGCAUGUGAAGCUGGUUUUCUCCAAAUUCAUGAUGUCUGUGGGUAUGCCAAACUCCUGUCUGAAGGAUUAUGUCCAGGUCAAUGAUGAAAAAUUGUGUGGUGACCUGCCUUCUAACACAGUGAAGACCAGUAACUCAAACCAAAUGACUAUAGUGUUCUACUCUGACGCAUCACACGUGGACAGAGGCUUUAAUGCCACCUACUCAGCCUUUGAACCCACUAACCCCUGCCCGGAUAAGUUCCUGUGCAACAACAAACGCUGUGUCAACAUAGCCCUGCGCUGUGACGGCUGGAAUGACUGUGGAGACAGCAGUGAUGAAAAGAACUGCCAGUGUGACAGUACCAUGAUCAGCUGUAAGAAUGGUUUGUGUAAGCCCAUGUUCUGGAAGUGUGAUGGCGUUGAUGACUGUGGAGACAAGACUGAUGAAAUGAACUGUGCCUCUUGUAAGGCAGGUGAGUUUGCAUGUGCAAAUGGUGUCUGUAUCUUGGAGAAGCAGAAGUGUGAUCAAAAAGACGACUGCGGCGAUCAUUCGGACGAAACUGAUUGUGGAAGAAUGUCCACCCAUGCAUGUCUGGCGACCAAUUACAAAUGCCAGAAUGGCCAGUGCGUAACUAAGGAGAACCCAGAGUGUGAUGGCGAGAACGACUGUGAGGAUGGUUCUGAUGAGAACACCUGUGGAAACUGUGGAAAGCACCCUAUUAAAACCUCUCGCAUAGUGGGUGGGCAGGAUGCAACAGAGGGGGAGUGGCCUUGGCAGGUCAGCCUUCACAUCAAGAACUCUGUGCAUGUGUGCGGUGCGUCAUUAAUCAGCGAGAGCUGGCUUGUGACUGCAGCUCACUGCGUCCAGGACGAACCCAAAAUGAAGCUCUCUCAGCCAGGGACGUGGGAGGUCUACCUGGGCCUCCAUUCUCAGAAACAGCUGGACAAAGCUGUGAAGCGCUACCUUAAACGGGUCAUCGGCCACCCCAGUUACAACGAAUACACCUAUGACUUCGACAUCGCUCUGAUGGAGCUGGACCAGCCCGUCAAAUUCACCGACACCAUCCGACCCAUCUGCCUCCCCUCUGCCACCUACGUGUUCCCCGUGGGCAAGUCGGUGUGGAUCACAGGCUGGGGCGCCACCAGGGAGGGAGGAUCUGGUGCAAUGGUGUUGCAGAAGGCAGAGGUGCGCAUCAUCAACAGCACUGUGUGUAAUUCCCUAAUGAACGGACAGAUCACCUCACGCAUGAUGUGUGCUGGAGUCCUAGCUGGUGGGGUUGAUGCCUGUCAGGGUGACUCGGGUGGCCCCCUUUCCAGUUCCAUUCCCGCUGGGCGAAUGUUUCUGGCCGGUGUGGUAAGCUGGGGCGACGGAUGUGCCCGCAGGAACAAGCCUGGCAUUUAUAGCACCGUCCCCAAAUUCCGUGCCUGGAUCAAAGAGCAAACGGGAGUUUAACUUCAGGAGAACAGGCCACGGCUCGACGGGGCUUCCGACGCACCAGGACUUCAGCAGUGACUGGCUGGCUGACUCCAGUUUUUGCUCAUUUGUGCCUAUGAAAACAAAAGGGCAAAAGAGAUGUGCCUUUUUAAUAUAUAAAAAAUGUAGAUGCUGAGACUGUCGCUGAAAUGGGGUCAAUCAUGUAUUUGACUUUGGGGGACGAUUAGCCUUGAAGCAGCAUUUUUAACCAUCUCGUCUGUGGUUUUAUUACUGAUCCCUGCCUCUGUAGUCCGUACAGUACACAGGACCGACGGGCUGUGUCAUGAUUUUUAAGUGCGUUUUUGCUAUUGCGUGGUCAACUGUUUUAAAAUUGUAAAUUAAGGGAAGCAUCAGGGAUUUAUUUUACUUCAUGUAAAUAAAUUUGACCUAUAAAUAUGUUGUUUCUUGUUAAUGAAUUGUUUGGAAAACCUUAUUACCCAUGUGGUUGUAGAUAGUAAUAAAUGUGUCUGAUUGUUAUUGCUGUACCUAGAUGCCUUUUAGUUUGGUUUUGUUUAUGUGGGCUGUUUCUUCAGGAGAUGCAUGCCUCAUAAAGACAAACUCAAUGCUCCAUUACAUACAUUCAUAAAUGUGAAAAAUGCUUCUCUUCACUCUUCUGUAUCAUUCCUUUUUAACUGAGUAAAUGUGACAUUUUCUGAGGACCUUGUUGCAACUUUUGAGAUAGAUGGAUGUAAAAUAACAAUUUAUAUAAUGGACAGCUCCAAACUCAGAUGCCAAUAUGAAGAUGUGUGUACUGGAUGGAUUUGGUUUUGUCUGUCAAAGGCCUUAGUUAUUUGUUCCAAAACCAGCUUAACAAAGAAAAUGUAUUUUUCAGGUUUGUAAAAAUUAUGCAAAGCACUUGAAGUGAACAUCUUUGUAUAUCAGAAAAUUUGCCUUUUAAAAUAAGACUGUCCCUGCUCUCUUGGAUUACUUUGUGCUUUGUAAUAUUUAAAUUUUGCAAAUGUUUAUUAUCCAAUAAAAUAUCUGU